UCCUACUUAAAUAACAUAUCCGUUCUCUCACACAUUCUGCUGCAUUGUCUAUUACAGAAUGCCUCUCCUUUUCUGUCCUUUUCCCCCCACUAAGCGUUGAGUAGAAAGAAACCAAUGUGUUUGCCAGUAGUGACAGUUCUCAGUCUCCGGCUACCUUUGUCUCCCUCCAAAUGUUGCUUAUGCUGUUUCCAUUGUUAAUAUGACCACCAUGCCUAGUGAAGUACAUUCAGCCCCUCUGCUACAACAGCGUUCUGCUCAUGCUGUCCUGGGAUGUGACCCUGUAGUUUGGUUACAGCCCAAUAACGGCCAUGUUGAAAUGGAGCAGCUGUCUCUUGGGAGUUUGAAAAAAAGGAAGGGGGGUUGGAAAGGGAUGUGUGUGGAGGAGGAGGAAAAAACCCACCCAUUCCUUUGGAAUCGGUUCCCAUCCAGAGUCAGACACACUCUCAGAGCCCUGACAUGGCUUGAGUGAGGAAACCAGGGUUUGAUGGAGGGGAAAAUAGAUUACUGAGAUUACAAAGAAAGGAAAAAGACGACUGUAAGUAGUGACAUCUUAAGAGGAGAACAGAUAAAGAAAACCAAGGCAAGAAAAACUGUCUAGGAUAACUGAAGAUAGCAGUAGGAUUAGCAUACAGUAGGGACUAGGCAGUGCCAAUCAUCUGCAGUGCAGACAGAUGUGAUGUAGCAAUUUCCCUGAAGCAGAGUCUCCCAGUGAUGCCUGCCUGACGAGGGCUGACGACGAAUGACGUGUGUGUGUCGAGGGAGGAGGAAGUGUCAGCUCAGAGGACGACAGAGGAAGCAGUCUUCAGCUUGUGUGUGUGUGUGUGUGUGUGUGUGUUUGUGACAGACGAGCCCCGGUCUUCUUCUUCUCCUCAUGAGGCUCGUUUAGAAACCAACUCAUCUUCAGGAAACUGUUGGCUUAAGGAGUCAGGACAGUACCCCUCCACCUCCAGCCCGCCACCGCCGCCACCAUGCUGCAGCAGAUCUUAAAGGACAUGUACAUUGACCCAGAUGUGUUGGAGGCCCUAAAUGAGGACCAGAAAAAGACCCUGUUCCUGAAGAUGAGAGAGGAGCAGGUGCGGCGCUGGACAGAACGUGAGGAGAAAGAAGCGGACCAUAGGCCAAAGUCAAAGACAGCCAACAGUAAGAAAGUGAGCUGGUUGCUGGGCAGGGACGGAGAUGUGGCGGUCAUGGCGAUUGGAGAGGUGGACGAGCUGAAGACCUCCAAACUCAUCUGCACUGGGCCUGCGGAAAGAAGAGCACCACCAAGCCUGCACAAUAACACACUCCACCAGACAACUUCCCUGAAGAGCAACCUGGUAAACAGACCAGCCUCAGAACCUGUCAGAACUCGGAGAGAGGAUCUGCCUCCCAAAACACAGUCAGGGAUACAACUCAAUUUAAAGGAGAACAGUGAGGAAGUGAGGACAUUGCCCCCUCUACAGGGGGCAGUGAGAGAGCAGCUGCCACCUGCAGCAGUGGAAAAACAGGCUGACUUGGAGCAGGAUGUAGAAGUUGGUGGUCCACAGGAAAAUCCAGUCCUCCUGUCCUACAGACCUCACCCCAGAGCUGGCCCUUCCAACCUGAGGCUGGGUACCACACUGUCCUCUGUACCAAGCUCCACUCCAUCCCCGGUCCCCACUGACACACCGUCUCAUGUCCCCAAGACCAUAAACCCUGUCCCUACCAUCACACCGUUUUCUGUCCCCAAAACCAUCACACCGCCUGCUUUCCCUAGCAUCAUAACACCAUCCCCUGUAACCAACAGUGUCAUACCAUCUCCUGUCCCCAGCAGCAGUGUCACACCAUCUCCUGUCCCCAGCAGCAGUGUCACACCAUCUCCUGUCCCCAGCAGCAGUGUCACACCAUCUCCUGUCCCCAGCAGCAGUGUCACACCAUCUCCUGUCCCCAGCAGCAGUGUCACACCAUCUCCUGUCCACAGCAGCAGUGUCAUACCGUCUCCUGUCCCCAGCAGUAAUGCCAUCAGAGCUGCUCUAGAAAAGAGCACUGCCAAAUCACACGCUUCAGAGAAGACCGUCACACUGUCCCCUGUCCCUAGUCCCGUCACACUGUCCCCUGUCCCUAGUCCCAUCACACUGUCCCCUGUCCCUAGUCCCAUCACACUGUCCCCUGUCCCUAGUCCCAUCACACUGUCCCCUGUCCCUAGCCCAAUCACACUGUCCUCUGUCCCAAGCAGUGUCAAAACAUCUCCUGUCCCCAGUGUCUCACCCUCCCCUGUCCCCAGUACCACUUGGUCCCCUGUCCCCACUACCACUUGGUCCCCUGUCCCCACUACCACUUGGUCCCCUGUCCCCAGUACCACUCGGUCCCCCCCUGUCCCCAGUACCAUUCGGUCCCCUGUCCCCAGUGCCACUCGGUCCCCUGUCCCCAGUACCACUCGGUCCCCUGUCCCCAGUACCACUCGGUCCCCUGUCCCCAGUACCACUCGGUCCCCUGUCCCCAGUACCACUCGGUCCCCUGUCCCUAGCAUCUAUACACCAUCCCCUUUCCACAGGACCGUCACUCCAUCCCCUGUGGCUAGCAGCACGGCCAUAAGAGAAGCUCUAAAGAAGAGCACCACCAAAACACAUGCUCCAGAGAAGACCACUGUCACACCGCUGUCCGCUUCAACCAGACUCCACCCCCAGGAGACGCCCAGCAGCAGAGAUAUCCGUGUGAUGGCAGCCUCUCGCAGGACCAUGUCUGAGGAUGUGGUGUCUGAUGGGGGCGGGGACACCUGUACAGGGCGUGGCCGGGUGGCUCAGCUUAUGAAGACCUUCAGUGUGACAUGCCCCACCCCCUCCACACAGACCCCUCUCCCCCACGGCAACAAGCCCUCCAUCCCCACCAAACCCAGCCACCUGCGUCUCGUUGCCAGCCCCUCACUCAGGUAAUCCACAGGACAGGACCAGACAACCAGGCCCACCCCCUGUCCCCCAUUCCAUCCCCACCCAGGCCCCACUGGACAUUGCUGGACAUCCAGCCUGGGGCCUCAGCCACUGGGGACAGGCAUGCAGGCCACAUGAGUCUCUCAGGAACACAACCAAACGUUUGACUCGAUUGCUAUUACUCCAAAAGCAAUGCAAUGGUAUAGAGAUUUUAAAAUGUUUACUUUUGUUUACUUUUUAAAAAUGUUUACCAUGUUUUAUUUGAAAUUGUACAGUACUGUAAAUUCUCUCUGUGGGAAAGGCGAACCAAUAGCGUUGAUCGUAAACAGCAUCUUCCUUUGUAUCCUGCUUUUGCCUUUUUAUAUUCACAAAGGUAUUGGGUGGUUCCACGAAUUAGAUGACUCUUGAGUAGUGGAACUACAUUUUAGAAUUUUAUUUCACCUCAUUUUAACAUUCGGUCAAUGUUCAACUUAAUAAAAAACAUGUUUUCCCAUCUCAAGAGGUAAAAGAAAACGACUAUAGUAAGGCCGAUUAAGUGCUCACAAUUUUAUAUUUUUGUUACCGUCCAAUGCAGCUGUUUUUAAUCUCAAUAUCAAAUCAUUUCUGGGUAACAGUGAAGUACCUUAAUGUGAUAGUUUUCAAUUGAAAUGGUCAACAAGAAAACAAAAAUAGCUUCUUAGCAAAGAACAAUUUCUCAAGCAAGAAUUUUGCUAGGACUGUCUGGGAGUGGUCUGACUAGGCUGGGCAGAAUGUAAACCUAGCUGCAGAGAGGUUUGGAACUCUCUUUCUUAUUGGUCUAUUAACAAAUGUACCGGUGAUGUCACCAGGCAGGCCAGAACGCCAUUCCACCAAAACAGGCAGACAUUUCAGGUGGGUUUUUUUUCUUCAAACAUUUCUUACACUAAAAUGGCAUUAUCAUUAUUUCACAGUUUCACAGUAUUAUUCCAACCUCAAAGUGUGGAAAUAUAAAUAACAUCACGUUUUGGACUGCACCAGGCCUCUAAAAUAUGUAUAGCCUGUCUGUCUAUAGGCAACAGGGUUGAUGCUCGACCUGCUCGGUUCUCCACCACAAAACACCAGACAAAUGGCCAAAGACUAUUAGAUGUUCAAUGUUUCUUAAAUUUUUUUUUUUUUUUUUAAUGAAUAGUUUUAGCAUAUUAAAAUGAGAUUUCUGUUCAUGUAACAGACUUGACCUUAAAAUGGACAGGUUUUCUUUACCUUUUAAAAUGAAUAACUAAUCACAUGAAAUAAAUAAUAAUCUUUAGAAAUGACUUUAUCAAAGCAACAAAAUAACUAGGGCUUUACAAUGAAGGUGAAAAUGUGGAUACGUCUUGGUGACGUGGGUUAAAGUCUAGAAGUGACAAUCAAUCAAAGCAAGCAAUGCAGGCGUAGAAGCACAGUGGCUAGAGGGUGCACAGAGAGACAUGUCAAAAUGCAGAAUGCAUUGGAUUUAUUGAAUUUUCCAUGUGGUCUAUAUUAAAAGGCACUUCAUUUAAUAUAACCGGCUAUUAAAGUUAAUUAUUUGUGCACAAUUCCUUAAAAUAUCCCUUAUUUCAUGGAACAACCCUAUCAUUGACCAUAUCAUACCAUGUAUUCACCUGUUGAUGUUGUUUCUGAAAUAUUAUCAUGUACAAAUCCUACUUCAUUGAUACACUUAUCAUACAAUACAUUCACGAAGCCUGUACAAUGCUAUCAAGGUCAUAACCUGUACUUGUGAUCCCCAAAAGGUAUGACAAAUGUAAACUUGAAUGACAUAGUACAUGCAGUAAUAUUUGUUUUGUCAUUUUGAGGUGUUGGCUACUAUAUAGAGAGACACUGUGCUAAUGUUGACAGGGCCAAAUAGUUCAUACAUAGCUGUCAUGACCAAGGAGAUGGGUGGAUUACAGUAUGGACAGACCAGUAGAACAGGAUCAGUGAGGUGGUUCCUCCUUGAUCCCUGGGAACAGCACUCUUUCCUGCCACUUCUCCCAUGAC